AUGGACGAGCUGCUGAAGCUCAUGUACCUGAACGUCUCGGAGCGGCUGAGCCUGCCCUGGGAGCAGGCCGGGCCGUGCGGCCCCUCGGUGGGGAACAGCACCAUCCUGGUUGUGGCCUACAGUGCCCUGCUGGCCGUGGGGCUGGUGGGGAACCUGGGCCUGGUCUGCGUCAUCGCCCGGCACAAGGAGAUGAGGAACGUCACCAGCAUCUUCAUAGCCAACCUGGCCUGCUCCGACCUGCUGAUGAGCGUGGUGUGCCUGCCCGUCACCGUCAUCUACACGCUCAUGGACCGUUGGGUGCUGGGCGAGUUCCUGUGCAAGGCCAGCCCCUUUGUGCAGUGCGUCUCCGUCACCGUCUCCGUCCUCUCGCUGGCCUGGAUUGCACUGGAGCGGCACCAGCUCAUCAUCAACCCCACUGGGUGGAAGCCGGGGGCCACCCACGCCUACCUGGCUGUGAGCGUCACCUGGCUGGUGUCGGGCUGUGUCUCCCUGCCCUUCCUCACCUUCAGCGUCCUGACGGACGAGCCCUUCCGCAACCUCAGUCUGCCCUUCGACGCCUUUGCCGGCCACCUGGUGUGCGUGGAGAAGUGGCCGUCGGACGGGCACCGCCUGGCCUACACCACCGGGCUGCUGCUCGGCCAGUACUGCCUGCCCCUGCUGCUCAUCCUGGCCUGCUACUGCCGCAUCUUCCUGCGCCUGCGCCGCCGGCGGGACGUUUUGGAGCGACCCCCGCACGGCUCCCGCGCCGCCAGCCACCGGCGGGUCAGCAUCAUGCUGGCCUGCCUCGUCGCCGCCUUCGCCGUGUGCUGGCUGCCCCUGACCGUCUUCAACGCCCUGUACGACUGGGCCCACGAGACCAUCUCCGGCUGCUACCACGACCUGCUCUUCUCCCUCUGCCACCUGGCGGCCAUGGCCUCCACCUGCAUCAACCCCGUCCUCUACGGCUUCCUGAACACCAACUUCCAGCAGGAGCUCAAAGCCCUUCUCCACCGCUGCAGCUGCGCUGCGGAGACGGACACGUACGAGAGCGUCCCCAUGUCCACCGUCAGCACUGAGGUCUCCAAGGCCUCACUGCGCAGCGGGGGGGUCGCCACCGACGCCUGA